CUCUCUCUCUCUCUCUCUCUCUCUCUCUCUCUCUCUCUCUCUCUCUCUCUCUCUCUUUUACAGAUCUCCUACAUAAGAAAGAACCCAAAAACCCAUUUACAUUAACUAGUUGAGAAACAAGAAAAAGAACCAUGCAGACAACAUGCUCUGAAAAACAGCCAUGGCAUCUCCAUCUUGUUCUUGACCUUGUAUGUCUAAUAGGUUUUGUCUCUCUCCUCAAACUCUCAUCUCGCCUCUUCGAUUGGGUCUUCACCAGAUUCGUUUUACACCCUAAACCACUCAAGAGCUAUGGUUCAUGGGCUCUGGUCACAGGAGCCACCGCCGGCAUCGGCCGAGCGUUUGCUCACGAGCUUGCCAAACAUGGCCUUAACUUGAUCCUCGUUAGCCGAAACCCGACCAAACUCGAAUCUGUCGCCCAACAGUUUCAUCAAGAGUUUCCCAACACCAAGAUCAAGAUCAUUCCAUUUGACUUCUCUUCUGAAGAGGAACCUUCAACGAGGUACAAAGCGAUUGAAGAGGCGAUCAAAGGCGUAGACGUGGGGAUCCUGAUAAACAACGUUGGGAUUACAUACCCGAAAGCAAUGUUCUUUCACGAGGUAGAGGAAGAGACAUGGAAGGAGAUAAUUAGGGUUAAUGUCGAAGGGACAACUUGGGUGACGAGACAUGUCAUCGGAGGAAUGUUGCAGAGACGGCGAGGAGCCAUCGUCAAUAUCAGCUCCGGCGCCGGAGUUGUCGUCUCUUCUCAUCCUCUCUACGCCAUUUACGCCGCUACGAAAUGCUACAUUGAUACAUUAUCAAAAUGUCUCCACGUGGAAUAUAAGCAAUUUGGAAUCGACGUCCACUGCCAGGUUCCUCUGUAUGUUGCAACGGGGAUGGUGUCGAAAGUAGCAAAUGUGGAUGGACCGAGUUUAUUCACACCGUCGCCGGAAAUGUAUGCGAAAGCCGCCAUAGGGAUGAUCGGAAUCCGGCCGAGAUGCUCGCCGUUUUGGGCACAUUCCCUCCAAUGGUUUCUCGUCCAGCUUCUCCCGGAGUUCGUCGUUGACAGUUGGCGUCUUUCUAUUGGCCUUCGUAGAAGAAAUCUGAUCUUCUGAACUAUUUAUAAAUAUUGGAGAGUCCUUAAAAAUAUAUCAUAUGAUCUUGUUUUAA